AUGAGGAAAAAUGUUACUCCUUCAUCAGUAAUAUAUGACCAUCUAGCACCUGUUGAUCCGGUGCUACUCGAAAAACUGAUGCAACACAUUAAGGGAAUUCCACCCAAACCACCAGCACCAGCAGUCCUCUCCGCUGAUCAUGAGGGUGAUUUCUACAGCAUACUUAUCCACGAAAGACCGUGGCCGGAAAAGGAAUAUGGAUGGGUGUUUGAUAAUCAUGUUGUUGCGUAUUUGAACGUCCUCACUAAAAGGUCCAUGCGAAAUCCCAUUCCAUUCUGGUCCAAGCGGAUUGCCUUCGUUGACGUUUGGUGGCAAAGUUUUUUGAUUCACAAUUUCACUCAGUUCAAGAUAAAAUCUAGUAUGUUCAAUUUCGAAGGCAAUGGUUAUGAAGAUAUGUUAAAGGGUAAGCUUCCCGAACACUGUCCAACAAACUUGAAGUGGUAUGAAGAUGUGGAUCACUUGUACGGAUGUCUUCAAACCGGCGGAAAUUACAUGGUUGCGAAUCAUGUGGAUCUGAAGAAGGGGAAGAUUGAUUGCUACGAUCCAAUCUUUGGAGAGGCAAAACCCGAAAGUGAGCUGAGAAUUCUAAAUUCAUUUAAACCGCUGACGCAAAUGAUUCCGUAUAUGUUGAGUGAUCAUAUUCCUACCAAUAUCCAAGCCCCUAGUAAGAAAAAGUUCUCUAUCAGAAGGAGGAGCAAAAGAUACACUCCACAAAACACCCAGAUUGGCGAUUGUGGGGUGUAUUCUAAAUUUAUUUAA